AUGUCUGCAACAUUAGCGCUUAAGAUUUAUUUAUUUAAUCUCGAAAGGCAGGAAAAAAAUCCUAUUAAGCAACGCAACAUUUUUUUGACUAACGUUGCUUUCAACGUCCUAGUAGGAACUUUCCAUCGGGAUUCUGUGAGAUCAAGUUCGUGUAUGAAUUUGGCCACCAAUCCUUGUGAGAAUUCAUUCAACUUUUUGUUGAUGACACACUUUAAAUGUUCAUUGAAGCCAUCGGAGAUUAAAAUCAUGUAA